ACACCGCGGAGGUUCACAUCACUGAUCUGGCAUAUGCGGACGCUAUAAUUCUCCUGGCCAAUGAUCACGGAAUCAUCUAUUAGACAGAGCUUCUGCAGCCCGACCCCAGAUAAGCAGAAGGAAAUAAAUGGUUGGAUCUAAACUGUGUUUGUUUUUCUUGUGUCCUGCAGACAUCCAGCAGCUUAUUGGUUGUCAGCAAGAACUUCCCCCUCAGCUGCGGUGGGGAAGUUCCAGUUUGAAGCAAGAGGAUCCACAGCCCCCCUACGUUAAAGAAGAGGAGGAGGAGGUUGAUGUCAACAAGUUGCCACUGAGUGUCGUUUCUGUGAAGAGUGAAGACUAUGAAGAUGAAGCAACCGAAUGGUCUCAGCUUCAUCACCCCAGUCCAAGUGGAGACCAUCAUGGACGUCCGCCACCAGACAACCUGUUAGCACCACUGUCAGAAAGUGACGACAUGGAACAACCUUUGAGGAGCGACGAAGACUGUGAAGGCGUCCAGCAACUGAUUGGUCAGCAGGAAGAACUUACUUCCAGUGUGGAGCAGGAGGAUCCACAUGUGAAAGAAGAAGAGGGGGAUCCAGAGAACCCCCAUGUUAAAGACAAAGACAAGGAUCCGCAGUCCCCCCAUGUUAAGGAGGAAGAGGAGGCGUUUGAUGUCAGCCAGUUGCUACUGACUGUCGUCUCUGUGAAGAGUGAAGACGAAGCACCCAAGUGGUCACAGUGUCAUCAUCACAGUCCAAGUGGAGACCACGGUGGAGAACCACCCCCAGACAACCGCUUAGCGCCACUGUCAGACAGUGACGACAUGGAAGAACCUUUGAGGAGUGACGCAGACUGUGAAAGUGUUGACAAACAGUGUAAAAGCUCUGAAAUGGAGACAAUUCUCGGCAACAAGGAAACUUCACAAACGCGUACAAAACGUACUUGCUCAGUUUGUGGUGAUAGUUUUGCUAGUCAUUUGAUUAAACACAUGAGAACACAUACAGGAGAAAAACCUUUUAGUUGCUCAGUUUGCGGUAAAACAUUCUGUCCAAAAGAAAGUUUGGAAUUACACACAAGAACACACACAGAGAAAGAACACUUUAGCUGCUCAACUUGUGGUAAAGAGUUUACAAAAAGGUCAGAUAUGAUUAGACACAUGAGAACACACACAGGAGAAAAACCCUUUAGUUGCUCAACUUGUGGUAAAACCUUCUCUCAAAAGUCAAGCAUGGUGUCACACAGGAGAACCCACACUGGAGAAAAACCCUUUAUUUGCUCAACUUGUGGUAAAACAUUCUCCAGAAAGAAACAUGUGGAGUUACACAUGAGAAUACACACAGAACAUCCCUUUAGUUGCUCAGUUUGCAGUAAAACAUUCCAUCUAAAAGAAAGAAUGACAUUUCAUAUGAGAACACACACUGGAGAAAAACUAUUUAGUUGCUCAGUUUGUGGGAAAGGGUUCAGUCAUAAGUCUGAUAUGACUAAACACAUGAGAACGCAUACAGGAGAAAAACCCUUUAGGUGCUCUACUUGUGGUAAAACAUUCAUUCAAAGGACAAAUAUGGUUAGACACAUGAGAAUACACACGGGAGAAAAGCCCUUUAGUUGCUCAGUUUGUGGUAAAGAGUUUACUAAUAAGUCAGAUAUGGUUGUACACAUGAGAACACACUCAGGAGAAAAACCCUUUCAUUGCUCAGUUUGUGGAAAAGGGUGCACUCAUAAAUCAAGUCUGACCAAACACAUGAGAACACACACAGGAGAAAAACCCUUUAGAUGCUCCACUUGUGGUAAAACCUUCUCUCAAAAGUACAACAUGGUGUUACACCGGCGAACACACACAGGAGAAAAUCCCCUUUAGUUGCUCAGUUUGUGGUGCAAGCUACUGUAUGCUCAUCCAAAAUGUUUGGCUUCACACAUACGGAUGGGCACAUGCAUGAUAAAAGAGAAUAAAUGUUUUACAGUAAUCUAAUCCCUUGCAAUACAGCAUCGUCUGAAAAAGACCACACAUUGUUUUAUUGUUCUUCUAAAGAGCUGUAAAUACUGUACAUUAAUACCCCUUUAAGUGAUCUGUACAUUUUGUACAGAUCACUUAAAGGGGUAUUAAAAAAACCAACAAAUUAAGGUUAAAAAAAAAAACCAUUUCAUUUAUGUCACUACACUUCCUGGUCAACUUGGGGUAACCUAGAGUCCGAAGUGCAGGGGCUAAUGUGGUUGGAAACCACAUACAAGGAGGAGUCAAGUCAAGUUUAUUUGCAUAGCCCUUAAUCACAAAAGAGUGUCAAAAGGCUUCACAGGCCCACAGUUGGCAAUGAUUGACGAUCUCCCCUAAUCUAAACCUCCCAAUCGGGCAAAGAAAAACUCAAAACCCCAUUUGGGGGAAAAAAAAACUUGAGAAGGGAUCAAGUUUUUUGCGAAGAUACCAUCGUGGAGCCACUCGAAGAUUUCAUUGACGGAACCUUCGAUCGCUUCGUCAUGCAAGCUAAAAGGCUAACUCGUCCACUCGCACUGAAGAUCUACUACCCAGUUUACCCAACGUCCAUAUUCAAGUCCUCUCCUCCAUUACAAGAAGAUAUCCAUCCAUCCAUCCAUCCAUUUUCUGAGCCGCUUCUCCUCACUAGGGUCGCGGGCAUGCUGGAGCCUAUCCCAGCUGUCAUCCGGCAGGAGGCGGGGUACGCCCUGAACUGGUUGCCAGCCAAUCGCAGGGCAUACAAGGAGAUAUCACUUCUCAAUGUAUUACACCAGGGGAUUAUCAUCUAUUCGGGCAUUUCCGAAAGUACGCCUAAUAAUCCAGAGGCUCAAGUAAAAAAAUUCAUGUCAACAGCGCUGAUAAUCCCAAAGGGGACACUCGCCAACAUUACCUUCCAACGAGUACACAACAUUCCCAGCAGAAAGUCUUCGUAAAGUCGAAAGGACGGGAGCUGAAGGGUCCACAGUUUGGGAUGAAUGACCAGUUUCCACGCAAAAUCAACGAACAACACAAAGUCCUGUACCCUCUAAUGAAGAACUACUGGCAACAAGGAAAACGUGCCUCACUGGUUGUGCACAAACUAUACGCAUACGAUCAACUAUUUUGCGAUUCCAAAGUCACGCCUUGGCUCUUCUAAUAAAUGAGUAUUCCAUCUAAAUUUGCAGUAAUAUUUGGUAUAUAGUGUAGAAAACUAGGUAAUAAUUUAUUAAGGGAAAACAAAAAGGGAAUCACGCUCGUCCUAUUGCACCCUUCACUCACUGACAUGGGUCAUUGCCCUUGUUUUCUUUUUACUUAUCUUUCUUUAUGGUACUUCCUUUUCUCUUGUUUAAGGCACACCCCCUGCCCCUCACUUACCAAAUGCUCACUCAACCCCUCCCUCCCCCCUCCAUACACAUGUAUUUGCAUGCUACUUGUGUUUGUAUAACUCACGUGAUAUAUUCCCUUUUCUUCCGUUUACAUGUUUGGCUAACUCAUAUUCAAUACCUCAAUACAUAAUACCCCUAAACACAACUUCAUAUUACCAGCUGCACAGUAAGAAAGUUCCCAUUAGAUAUAUAAUAUUUAUGAGAGCUAUCUAUCUUUUCCACACACGUCCAGACAAUACACUCACACGGAUUGGCCCACAUUCACUUGUAACAAUUCUCCACUUAUCAUUAGUAUGUGAAGCAAAACUUUUGUUUCAUGGAAUGUAAAUGGCAUUCGUUCACAGGCAAUUGAGAUUAUGGAUGAUAUCACAAAAUUAGAAACGGAUCUCUUUUUCAU